AAAGUUACUGGGGGGAGAGUGUGAGUGAGAGCAGGAUCCAUCCUCGUCGCCAUUACCGACUGGAAUGAGAGGGGAGGGAGCGAGUCUCGGAUUACAUCCAUACCACUAAUAUAGUUAAAUUACAAGAUAAAAACAGUUUUCAAAGGUUUCUUAGGAACUAAUGUUUUCGUGGCCACAAUAUGUCAAGGAUAAUGUUUUAAAGCCGAAUCCGUGGAAAUAAAAGAAGACACUUGGAAUGAUAUCUCUUUUCCGUAGUGUCGGGAGCUGGGAGCGACCAUGUUAGGCAGGUGAUAAAGACGGGGAGAAGCAACUGCCCCACACAACAGGAGAGAGCGAUCUGCCUAUUGACUCAGAGCCAUGGAAACCGCACCUUAACUGAACAAAUGGAAACGCAUCUAUACCCUGCAGGAAAUCUUUGCUGAGACUGUAAAGGCAAUGACAGGGGAAUAUAAUGGCCAAGAACAAGGAGCCCCGCCCCCCAACCUAUGCUGUGAGUGUAGUUGGGCUCUCAGGGACGGAGAAGGAGAAAGGCAACUGUGGUGUGGGCAAGUCCUGCCUGUGUAACCGAUACGUGCGCCCCAGUGCGGACGACUACUAUACAGAGCACACUUCUGUGUUGAGCACAAUUGACUUUGGUGGACGUGUAGUAAACAAUGAUCACUUCCUUUAUUGGGGGGAUGUGUUCCACCGAGGCGACGACUGCCUCGAGUGUAAAAUACACAUCAUUGAACAGACAGAGUUCAUUGACGAUCAGACUUUCUUGCCUCACCGCAGCACAAACUUGCAGCCCUACACAAAGCGGGCUGCAUCCUCGAAAUUGCAGUCUGCCGAGAAGUUGAUGUAUAUUUGCACAGACCAGCUGGGCCUGGAGCAGGACUUUGACCAAAAGCAGAUGCCCGAUGGGAAGCUGAACAUUGAUGGCUUUGUACUCUGCAUAGAUGUGAGCAAGGGAUGCAAUAGGAAAUUUGAUGACCAGAUGAAAUUUGUCAAUAGUCUUUACUCACAGAUGGCCAAGACAAAAAAGCCCAUCAUCAUUGCUGCAACAAAAUGUGAUGAGUGUGUAGAGCAAUAUCUGCGGGACCUUCAGUCGUUUGCUGCAAACAAAAAGAAUCUGUUGGUGGUGGAGACAUCCGCACGGUCGUCUGUGAAUGUUGACCUCUGUUUUAACGCUCUGAUUCAACAGAUGGACAAAACACGGGGGAAACCCAAAAUCAUCCCAUAUUUGGAUGCGUACAAAGUCCAGAGGCAGUUAGUGGCCACAGUGACAGACAGGUUUGAAAAGAUUAUAGUGUCAACAGUUCGAGAUUAUCAUACUACCUGGAAGGCAGUGAGCAACUCUUUGAAAAAUCAGCCUGACUAUGAGGAAUACAUUAACUUGGAAAGCUCCAGAAAGGCCAGGAACACAUUUUCCAAGCACAUUGAACAGCUCAAGCAAGAACAUAUCAGAAGGAGGAGAGAGGAUUAUCUCUCCAGCCUGCCCAAAGUUCUUAAUAACCUGCUUAAUAACCUUGAUGAAAUUGAAGGCUUGAGCUGGUCGGAGGCACAGAGUCUCAUGAGAACACGUCAGGAGUUUCAGUACUGGUUUGUGGUGCUGGAGCAUGGCCCAUGGGAUGAGUCAGAUCAAAUAGACAAAACUGAUAGGAGGGUGCCUUUUGAUAUCCUCAAAACUGGGGAAGCAGAGAGGAUAUAUCAAAACCACGUCCAGCAUUUGAUUUCUGAAAGAAGGCGGGUUGAGAUGAAGGAGCGGUUCAAGCGGACCCUUGAGCGGGUGCACUUCAUCAGCCCUGGGCAGCCAUGGGACGAGGUCAUGUGUUUUGUUAUGGAGGACGAAGCUUACAAGUAUAUCAGUGAAUCUGAUCGCAGAGAUGUUUACAGCCGCCACCAGCAGGAAAUAGUUGAAAGGGCCAAAGAGGAGUUUCAGGAAAUGCUUUUUGAGCAUGCAGAGCUAUUUUAUGACCUGGAUUUAAAUGCCACCCCAAGCUGUGACAAAAUGAGCGAGAUCCACACUGUACUUAACGAGGAACCCAGAUACAGAGCCCUACAAAAACUUGCCCCAGAUAGGGAGUCAUUGUUGCUGAAGCACAUUGGCUUUGUCUAUCAUCCCACUAAGGAGACUUGUCUGAGCGGUCAAGGCUGCGUAGAUCUGAAAGUUGAGCAGGUCCUCGCAAACAGGCUUGUCCAACUGGACCAUGGUCGCUCCAAUCUCUACUACAGUGCCAACUUUGAUAAGAUUAAUUUGUGUCUCGUGGGAAGGGAUGGGCUCGCCCAAGAGCUGGCAAAUGAAAUCAGAGCACAGUCAACAGAUGAUGAGUACACGCUAGAUGGCAAAAUCUAUGAGUUAGACCUCGUGCCUGUUGAUGGAAACUCAUUGCUCUUGAGCCAUCCAUGGGCGCCAACCUUUAAACCUCAUGGGUGUUUCUGUGUCUUCAGCUCCAUAGAAUCACUGAAUUUUAUUGGUGACUGUAUUGGCCGAAUCAGAGCAGAGAUUGCACACAGCCGGAGAGACAGAUUUGCCCAGCCAAUGCCAUUCAUCUUGAUUCUGGCAAACCAGAGAGACAGUGUUUGCAAAAAUAUGCCCAUCUUGAGGCAUCAGGGCCAACAGCUUGCCAAUAAGCUACAGUGCACCUUCAUAGACAUACCCUCUGGCACCUUUCCAAGAAAGUUUAACGAGUCCCAGAUUAAGCAAGCUCUCAGAAGUGUUUUGGAUGGGUUAAAGCACAACUUUGACGUGAGUCCCAUGCCCUCCAUCAAAGACCUGUCUGAGACCGAUCUGCGGAUCGUUAUGUGUGCCAUGUGUGGAGAUCCAUUUAGUGUAGAUCUCAUCCUCUCGCCUUUCUUGGAUUCACAUUCCUGCAGUGCCGGUCAACCUGGUCAGAGCAACACCUUAAUCCUUGACAAAAUCAUUGGUGACAGUCGCAGACGAAUACAAGUCACUGUUCUCUCCUACCACUCCUCCAUUGGCAUUAGGAAGGAUGAACUAGUCCAUGGUUACAUUCUUGUCUACUCUGCGAGACGCAAGGCCUCAAUGGCCAUGCUUAGGGCGUUCUUGGCUGAGGUCCAGGAUGUCAUCCCGGUCCAAAUGGUGGCUAUCACAGACAGCCAGGCUGACUUUUUUGAGAACGAUGCCAUCAAAGAGCUGAUGACGGAGGGUGAGCAUAUUGCCACUGAGAUCACGGCAAAGUUCACAGCGCUUUACUCCCUGUCCCAGUACCACCGGCAGACAGAGGUGUUCACACCAUUUUUCAAUGAGGUGCUUGAGAAGAAAUCAAGUAUCGAGAGUUCCUUCAUGUUUGAUAGCAGUCGGGACGGGACAGGUGCAAGUGAAGACGUCUUUCCUCAAUCGCCCCACAGCCACUCGCCUGCUUACAACUAUUAUCCUGACUCAGAGGAUGACGCAGAGGGACCUCCGCCUUACAGCCCCAUUGGGGAUGACGUUCAGCUUUUGCCCACUCCCAGUGAACGCACCAAGUGCAGGAUAGACCUCGAGGGGAAUGAGUACCCCAUCCACAGCACACCUGUGGGUGACCAUGAGCGCAACCACAAAGUGCCUCCCCCUGUAAGACCUAAGCCUGUCCUUCCCAAGCCAAGUGUCAAGAAGCUGGACCCAAAUUUGCUCAAAACCAUCGAAGCUGGCAUGAGGAACACUCAUAAGAGAGGAGUACGAGGAGGCCCCAUGGGCCAUGGCGAUGAUCUUGAAGCAUCUGACAACUACGCUGAACCGGCCGAUACGCUCCUUAAGUCCAAGGGGUUCAAUGAUGACAUCUACGCUGUGCCAGAGGACACGCAUAGUCGAAUUGUGAAGAUGCGCAAUUCGUUUGGUGGGCUCCAUGUUUUGCAUGGAGAAGAAGAGAAUGGCUUUGAUCGCUUGUCCAAGGCCCAGGGAAGUAGGAGACCUUCUAAGUACAAACAUCGGUCUAAGAUCCUCUUCAGCAAGACAAAAGCCUACCAAAGGCGCGUCCACUCUGACAUUAGCGAUGAUGAGUCGGGGCCUGCUCACAGGAGGAAGAAGGUGGGGAGGGGAAAUCGGGGUAGCGAGGAAGACCCCUUGCUUUCCCCUGUGGACCCCUGGAAGGGAGGCAUAGACAACCCGGCCAUCACCUCUGACCCUGAGCAGGAUGACAAGAAGAUGAGGAAGAAGAAGGCGCAAAAGACACCGAAGGAAAAAAAGCCAAAAAAGCCGACCAAGCCUCUGUACCCACCAACGCGGAGGAACUGGGAAAGCAACUAUUUCGGUGUGCCCUUGCAGAAUCUGGUCAGCCAAGAUCGACCAAUCCCGUUGUUCAUUGACAAAUGUGUGGACUACAUUGAACGCACUGGUUUGACGACAGAGGGGCUGUAUCGAGUGAGUGGCAACAAAACGGACCAGGACAACAUCCAGAAGCAGUUUGAUCAAGACCACAGCAUAGACCUGAUUGAGAUGGAUGUGGCGGUGAACGCAGUGGCCGGAGCCCUGAAGGCCUUUUUCGCCGACCUGCCUGACCCCCUUAUCCCCUACCACCUACACCCCGAGCUGGUGGAGGCAGCCAAAAUCGUGGACCACAUAGAGCGGCUGCAAGUGCUGAAGGAGAUUGUGAGGAAGUUCCCACAGGUGAACUACGAAGUGUUCAAAUACGUCAUCACUCACCUGAACAGGGUGAGCCAGCACAGUAAGUCCACCCUAAUGACUGCGGACAACCUGUCCAUCUGCUUCUGGCCCACGCUGAUGCGGCCCGACUUCGAGAACAAGGACACGCUCUCCACCACCAAGCUCAACCAGUCGGUCAUCGAGUCCUUCAUCCAGCAGAGCCAGUACUUCUUCUACGGCGGCGAGAUCGUGGAGACGUCCAGCAACGAGGGCACGCCGCCGCCACACGGCCACGGUCUGACCGAGUCGCUGCUCGCCCUGCAGCUCCCGCCUCCUCUCCAGCCGCAGCAGAUCCAGCACCAGCUGCAGCCCGACCCCCUCAUGUAGAGAACUCAUCCCAGAUUUACCCCCUCACCCCCCAGAAACGAAACUAUUUAGUCCUCUUAAACAAACAAAAAAUACAAACAAACAAACCUGGAGAGCUAGCGUCAUCAGGAAACUUACAACAAACACACGUAUACAGACCAGAACACGGAACAGAACAGUAGUUGUUUUUCUUUCUUCAGGAAAAAAAGGAAAGACAAAAAGAUGAUGACCCGGUGCCCGGUAUUUUUCUAGAACCCCAUAAGACUGGGUCUGUAUAGCAGCACAAAUACCCUGAGCAACGUGCAUUUUCCCCCCAUAGGUGGACCUCUCCUGCCCCCAUGGCUUCCACUACCCUCAUCAGAUGCUGCUUCCCUUCUAGAGCCUUUUAGACCCCGUGCUGCAAACAGAGGGUUAGAAAGGAGGAUGGAAGAAUGUUUUGAGUCUGACUAUCCCUGUUUUAUUUCCUGUGAGUUAAAAAAAAAAAAAAAAAAAAUCCCUCAACAGAACUCUGCAUGCCUCCCUGGCAAGACAGCGGAGAUGGUCCCUUCGAGUCCAACACCCUCGCUAAUAAUAAGGAUAGGAAAUAUAUUUAUACUAGUUGUUUUUUGUUUGCUUGUUUUCAAAGGACUUACAAAGAAAAAACAACAAAACAAAAGCUAAGAAACAGUCGGGUCACUCACAAAUGUGAGACCAGGCCGGUUUUAGUGUGGUUUAAAUCUGUGCCAUGCAUCCCGCCUGGUCUGUUUUUUUUUUUUUAAUGAUUUUUGGUGAUGGAUUUUUUUUUUGUUUUGUUUCUUUACUUUUUCUUUUUUUUAAUGGAAUCUAUUUUUUAAUCUUCAAAACCCUAUGAGUAGUGGUUGGUGUUGUGGUAUCCUCCCCCCUUGGCCCACUGACUCCCUCCCCCCCUUGGCACAGUUCAGGGCAGAACUUGCGUGACUGACAAUAAAAGGUGCACUAGACUGGGACACAGAACCCUCGCACCAUUCCCCGUCCUGAAAGCAGAACUCAUGCAGAACACUCUGGAACUCACGGAAGGGACAACCCCACUGGAACUUUUUAUGUUUUCUUUUCUUUCUUUUUUUUUAAUGUUUAGGCACAUUUUUUCGCAGGAAACCUCUUGGCCUUGCAAAGCAGCCUGGAUCUUCAUUUUCGGCUCAUUUCUGUCCCGCUGUCCAGUUUUUCCUCUCCUUUAUUAAAACAAAGUCUUGGUUUCUACGUACCAACAGCAGGCAUUUGUAUAUUUGCCUUUAUUUCUUUGUUGACCUAAAUUUGCAUGUCUUUAUUUGCCACGUAAAACAACUACGCAAGGUUUCAAUAAAAAAAAGACUAAAAACAGCUAAAGACUGAAACACUUACACUCAAACUUAACCGUUUUAAAUGACUUUUUUUUUUUAUCUAACUUGGUUGAGGGAACAUGAUAACGGGGUCAAAUUUUAUUCAUCGUUUAUUUUGUCAUGCCAGAUGUUAAUUCUUAAUAUCAUAUUUUGGUUUUAUGUCUAAUUGUUUCCCAAAGUAGAGGAAAAAGUAUAUAUAUAAAAUAUAUAUGUCAGCAUCAUAUGACUGCUGAUGAAGCAAAAAAUACCAUUGGGUACUGAAACUGUAUAAUCUUGUAAAACCUAUAAUCAGAUUUCUUUGUGGUAUGCUGUACUAAAAAUUGGGGCUAGAUUAAUUGACUGUGUACUUAAUUCCCUAUAUGAAUAAAGAUUCAUUGCUUCUUUGUAGAUGGUACGGAACUUCGUUUUUCGUUUGUAAAGCUGAUGGCACAUAAGAUAACUUUUUGAGCAAUGAGGCUCGGCAACGAUAUUGAGUAUUGUUGUCCGGACACAUUCCCAUUGAAAUUGGGAGUGCUUUUAUCAUUAGCAGGCAAAUGAUCAUGCUCAACCAAUCAGAACACAUGGAACUGGCUAUAUGGUUGCCCAAUAACAUUGCUCAAAAAGUUCCCCCAUGUACCUUCACCUUAAGAGAUGCUGCUUGGGGGAAACAUUCUGGUGAAAACUAUGGUUAGAGCGCUUUGUGUGUGAAAAGGUGGAAACAGAUCAGAUGUCUUAAAAAAAUGAAGUCCCACCACUCAUUUCCCUCGGUAGAUCCGAAACGCAAUUACUUCAUGAAGAGGACACAAUGGGGGAGGGGACUGCAGCUGCUAGAAAUACCUUCUUUUGUGUAGUUUCAAACCGCAAACCCUUAUUUGUUCAUAAAACCUGCCUCACUUAAGCCGGUGUACAAACUAAAGAUUUUAACGUCAUCAUCUCUGUAUAGUAAAUAAAUGAUUUUGAGAAAAGAAACAAGAAGGCUUUGGCUUACUCCAUAUUUUGUUUUCCCUAAAAUAAAGAUUCAUUUUUCCAACCUUG